UCCAACCCUGACAUAGUUGUUGUCUUGCAUCCAACAUUGUUAUGAAAAUUAAGUUUAUUGUUAUUUGUUUUAAUUGUUGCAAUUAAUACUAAACUAAAUCACUCACAAAUGAGUCUAUUAAGAAAGUAUUGGAAAUUUGUUACUUUCUACAGAGAUUUUCCAAUCAUAUGAAGUGUCAUCACCAACAAUAAUUACAAAAUUUUAUUGUUACUGUAAUUAUACUAUAUAAUUACACAUUCAACAAUAUCUUCAAAAUGUUAAAUUCAAAUUCAGAAGAAACUCCAAUAUCAGAUGGCUCAAGUGUUAAUGGAAAUUCCAAAAUUUCUAAACUUACUGGAAAGUAUUUUAAUUUUCAUCUCAAAAAUAGAAAAGAAAGUUCGUCGAAAUUAGAGGAAAAUUGUGAGUCAAUUAAAAAUGAACCAUCUUCUGGAAGAAAUUCUGAUUUUCUUAAAAAUCUCAAGAAAAAAUUACAAUUUAAGAAACUCAUGCCAAGCAAAUCAAGACAAAGGACUAAAGUACAAGAGAAUGAAAUAUCGAUAAAUAAUUUAUCAGAAAGAUCCAGUGAUAUUCAGGAACAAAUUAAAAAUAAUGAGCAAGCAAGAGAUUCUUCGAAUCCAGUGAAUUCUUACAUAGCGGCUUUAAUGUGUAAUGGACAAAAUUUAUCAGAAACUGAACGAAUUCCCAGGCUCAAUGAAUACGUCUCAUCUCAAAAUGAUUCAAUAAAUUCAGAAGCAGAAAAAUCACAAGACAAUCUCAAUGCUGAUGUUUCACAGAAAGGAGAGACAAGUUUUCGAAAUUCUCAAACAAAUGGAAGUGAUUUAUCACAAUUGGAAGAAAUGAAAAAUAAUAAUGAGCAUCGUGAUAAUACAAAUAAGAACGAUUCAGAGGGAAAAAGCGGAACAAAGGCAACAUUAAUAGGGGAAUUAUUAAAACUCAGUAAAUAUGGAUGGUACUGGGGACCGAUAUCCAGAGAUGAAGCUGAUUCAAAAUUAACUUCCGAACCGGAUGGUGCAUUUCUAAUUAGGGAUUCUUCAGAUUGCAGGUAUUUAUUAACAUUAAGUUUCAAGUCAGUUGGGAAAAUUCGUCAUUCACGAAUGGAAUACAGCAGUGGAUUAUUUUCUUUGUGCAAUCAUUCGGAGAAUCAAGUUUAUACUUCUGUGGUUGAUCUAAUUAAUCAUUCAAUGACAUUUAGUCAGUCGUCAAUAUUUUGCUAUUCGCGUUCAAGAAAUCCUGCACAGCCAUCGUUCCCGGUGAGAUUGACAAAACCGGUGAGUCGAUUUACUCAAGUGAGAAGUCUUCAGUAUCUCUGUCGCUUUGUUAUCAGACAAAAUACAAGACUGGACAAUAUUCACAAGCUGCCUUUACCAAAACCGAUUAGAGAAUAUAUCGAGGAAGCGUAUUAUUAAUGUGAUAAGACCAAAAAAAAAAUAAGUACCACUUUCUUCGCACAUUAGUUGUAAAACUACUUUUCCAGAUGUUCGAUAUAGAUUUUCUUAUUUCUCAUCUUUUCUUUUUAGAUAUCUUUUUUAAGGAGGCUCCAUUUUUUAGUUGUUAUAGAUUUUAAUCUACGUGUUUCUCACGUAAACGUUAUAUAUGUACAUAUAUAUCAAAUUCAGGCCAAAUUUUAUUUCUAAUACUGAGAGUUGCUUCAAAAUAUAGUCAAGUCGAAAUUAAAAAGGCUUUCUUUUUGGUCUAGAAAUCGGAAAUUUUUCAACAAAGUUAGUUGAUUAAGUAUUGUUAAAAAUGUGGCAAUAAUUAUACAGAACAUUUAUCGAAUUUACUUUAAAUUUUUUAUUAAAAAUCCAAAAGUGAAUUUUAUUAGAAAUUAGAAUUAAUUAAAAUAAAUUGAAUUUUAAUUGAUCGGAAAUUAGAAAUUUUAUAAAUGAAUUUCU